AUGAGCUCUACUCCGGCCUCUCUGGGCAAGUCGCUUCCAGUUUCUACUUCGCAUCCGCCCGCUGCGCAGCAAGGUCACGCCACCUCGAGCUUUGAAACCUCCCGCCGACCGAGCCAAACAGGCCCAUCCCUCCCCCACGCCGUCCCCAGAAAGGGCCAGACGACCAGGAAACAACACAAGAAUCAGCGACGUCCCGGACUGGGUGGUCAUCGACAGAACCCGGACGACGAUGACGCCAUGGCCGAGAUCAGGGCCCUUCGAAACGCGUCAAGCCGUCGCGGCCAGACCUCCAUCACCCACCUUCUCGACUACAGCCUGCCCCCGCGUCAUUACUACCAGGACCACCACAACCAUCACCAUUCCCAUCCGCGGAGCUAUCGGCGCAACCCCACCUGGGGUCCUGGAUCGGGCCACCACCCUGCCGACAAGGCGAGGUACGUGCAUGCCAACUACCGCUUCGUCGUAUCCCCCGACGGCGACUACUCCACGCAAGCCGUCAACGCCGACGAACAUCUGCAGUGGGGCGACAUUUUGCAAAUCCUCGCGUCGGCCGAGUCGCAGGCCACGAGCUGCCCCAUCUGUCUGUCCGAACCGGUCGCCCCGCGCAUGGCCAAGUGCGGACACAUCUUCUGCCUCUCGUGCCUCAUCCGCUUCAUGAACGCCUCCGGCAGCGACGACGAUAAGAACAAGCCGCCGACCAUUCGAGGCGCGCGGUGGAAGAAGUGUCCGAUUUGCGAGGACAGUGUUUUCCUGCACGACACACGGCCCGUCCGUUUCUACGCCGGCCAGGAGAGCCCGCUGCCGAGAGUGGGAGACGACGUCGUCCUCCGCCUGAUGGCGAGGACGGCCAAGUCGACCCUGGCGCUGCCCUGGGAGGGCGGCUCCGACGUGCUCGGCGUGGAGGACGAGGUACCGUGGCAUUUCGCGGCCAAUGUCAUGGACUACGCCAGAAUCAUCAAGGGAACGGCGCACUACAUGCUCGAGCAGUAUGACGAGGAGGUCGAAGCGCUCCGGAGGCAAGAAGCAGAGGACCACCUGCUGUACCAUGAAGACGACGAGUGGACGCAGAAAGCCAUCCGGGCCGUCACCGCUGCCAAGGAAAAAAUACAGGACCUCGGCCAAGGGGGUUCCAACGGGGCGUCGGCGUCAGUGCAGCCCGAGUUCUACUUCUUCUCGUCCCAGCCCCACCUGUACCUCUCCGCCCUGGACAUCCGCAUCCUAAAGGCCAAGUACGGGGACUACUCGGCCUUCCCCUCGACGCUGCUCCCGCGCGUUGAGCACAUCUCGACUGGCCACGUGCUCGACGAUGUCCAGCGCAAGCGGGCGAAAUACCUAGGCCACCUGCCCCGCGGGUGCGUCAUCAGCUUCCUGGAAUGUGACUGGACGGACAUCGUGCCGGCCGAGAUACUGGACAAGUUCGCGCCGGACAUCGAGAGGCGGCGGAAGCGGAACCGCGACAAGGCCGCCCAGGAGGACCGCGAGAGGCAACAGGCCGAGAGGCUCGAGGCGGCGGCGUUAUUGCGCAGCGCAACGGGUUCGCGCCGGCAAUUCGACGAGCCGAUCGAGGAGGACCGCGUCCCGGACCUGAACUCGGACGACUUUUUGCCGCUCAGCUCCUCGAACCAUGCCGGAACUACGCCGCCCGAGUCGCGGCCCGGGUUCGGCCCACUUGCUUCCCUCUCGACCAGCCCUUCGGCGCAGAGAACGGUAUGGGGCACCCGUGCGAUUCCAACAUCACCGAAUCUCGCGCCGGCCCUCGCGCCGGACCUUGCGCCACCAGUACGUCGUGGGCCCGUGGAUGACGGCUGGCUUCGGGAAGACGAGUUUCUCGAUGCCGCCGAGCUCUCUUUCCAAAUGGAGGCGAUGGGUAUCGAAGGUAGUAGCUCCAGCGGUGGUAGUGGUGCUCCGAGAGGCGGCGGUAGCGCUGGCGCGGGUAGUGGGAAGGGGAAGAAGAAGAAGCAGAAGAUUACGUUGAUGAGCACCGGCGGGCGGAGAGGAAACUAGAACAUUAUCACAUUUUAGAAAUUGGCGGGGGAGUUCGGGGGAAGAGGGUAUCUUGCGGAAGGCUGAUAGCUUUAUCCUUCUUUUAUUUCAUCUUUUACUUCCCUUUCUUUUUCUCGAAGGCUUAGGGCAUGACCACAGCGUCAAAACGGGCAUUGUGUCUUGAGAAGUUGAGUCUCGAGGAGGUUAUGGUUUCCGGGUUGCCAGCCUAUCCAGACGAUCUCACAUAAGGUAGGAACAAUUCAAUAGUACGAGAGGAACG